UUGCAGUUUCCCCCAUUCACAAUAAUAGGAGUGAACCAUCUUUCUACAUCUACAGUUUUUGGUACAAGACAUUUUUCUCUUAUUUUGUUUUCCUUUUUGUUUUUUUAUUUUGUUACCACUUUUCCUUGUUAACACUUUUUUUUUUUUUUUUUACUGUUAGCAUAAUGCGCGCGCAGUGACGUAACUGUGACGUCUUCCCCCAAAUAGUCCAUAUAUACUUGUUCAUUUGGCGCGGCUGACUGGAGUGAUUGAUAUCUGACGGCGAUUCGUUCGAGUUGUGAGUCUGUCUAACUCUACUGGAGCUAACCAACAGGAGCCACUCCCAUUGUGAUUUACACACUCCUGUUAUUCUACAGUGAAUCUUCCACUGGGCUUGAAAACGCUAACAUGGCAGAAUCUCUUUUUGGUACUCAAAGUCCUUUAAACUGCCCGAUCUGUCUGAAUCUGCUCAAGAACCCAGUGACGACUUCUUGUGGUCACAGUUUCUGCAUGGACUGUAUUAAGAGGUGCUGGGAUGUGGGAGCUAAUCAAGGUGUUUACAGCUGCCCUACAUGCAGGAAGAGAUUCAACAAAAGACCAGCUCUCGGCAAAACCAAGGUACUAGCUGAUAUUUUGGAGGGAAUAAAGCAGGAAGCUCCAGCUGGACCUGGAGAUGUGAAGUGUGAUGUUUGCAAAGGAAGAAAAUUAAAAGCCAUCAGGUCUUGUUUGGUUUGUAUGGCUUCUUACUGCCGAACUCACCUCCGUCCUCAUCUGGAGUCUAAAGCUUUUAAAAUACACAAGCUGGCUAAAGCUUCUCCAAAUCUCCAGCAGCAGAUCUGCCCUCAACAUCAUAAAGCUCUGGAGGUUUACUGCUAUAAUGACCGGAAGUGUAUUUGUGUGGUUUGUAUGGGGAAUGAACACAGUGGACAUAGAAUGGUCUCAGCUGCAGCUGCAAUGGCAAAGAAACAGGAGGAACUGAAAAUAAAAAAGAGGGAUUUCAUUCAGAAAACCAAUGACUUGAAGAAGGAGGUUUAUCAGUGUAAGAAAGCUGUGAUCUCUUAUAAGUCUGCACAGGCAGCAGUGGAGCACAGCGACAAGAUCUUCACUGAGAUCAUCUGCUCCAUUCAGAAGAGACAAGCUGAGGUGAGAGAGAACAUCAGAGCUCAGGAGAACAAGGAGGUACAAGAUGCAGAGAAUCACAUAAAGACACUGGAGAAGGAGAUCUGUGAACUACAGGAGGAGAACCGUAAACUGGAGCCACUUUUACAGACAAAGGAUCACGUUUACUUCUUCCAGUGGCAGAAGUACUCCAUCUCUUCUGGAGUUUCCCAGCACAGUUCAUCCAGUGAUGUUGGUAACCUGACAUUUGAGAGGGUAGAGCAGUGCGUCUCAGAGCUGAAAAACCAGCUGGAUGAAGUCUGUGAGGAGCACAUGAGUGAAAUAUUUGACGAAGUUGCUGAUGUCCUGAUAUUCCAGGAUGAUUACUUCUCUGAAGAGGAAGAAGAGAUGGAUGACGAGGAAAUGUGGGACGAUGUUGAGGAUGAAAUGCUUCCUGGUAUAUAUUGAUGACCCUUCAAAACAUCUGGACAUCAUCAUUCUUUGCUAUUGUAAAAUAAAAUAUGUGACAGCACCAAAA